CCAACUUAGCCUCGACCACGACCACGGCGACAUCGGCGACGACCAGAAUGACGAACAAGCACCCCAUGAUACCCGCGUCCGCACCGACAACUCCAGCAGUAACCCGCAAGACAGAUCGACAUGCCCCGGUCACUCCCCAGCGUGUCGCCUACUCGGCCCAGGUCCGUUCGGUAACCUCGCCAUACUCACCAGCGACGAAUCUUUCGACACCCUACACUCCGUUUAGUCUCCGUUCCGUAUCUUCCUCCUCGAAUGGCUCCAACCUCCCAACUCCCGCGUCGGCUGUCGAUCGCCGGCGUCUCAGUCUCUCGUUGUCGCCUGAGGUCAACUUCAACUCGAAAAGUCUCGCAGACAUCGCAGAGAAUUGGAGAACGCGUGCCAAUGAGAAUGGUAUAAGGGUUACCUCUGGUGACGAUACGCAAUACGAAGCUGACGAGUCCAGUCUCGACAUUAGCAUGCCCAUGAUAGACAAAGCCCUUUUGCCUGCACCUUUCCUCUCAUCACAACGUCGCACUCGUGCAUUCUCGCAUGCCCAUGCGCCUCUUUCUCAAAUCACGGACCCUGCACAGCUCUGCACGCCAAGCCGUGCUCUUAGACAACCAACAGUCUUGGACACGCCACCUCCUCAACCUGGUUACGGGCUUCGAGGCAGUGUCACCGAUCCUGCGCGUCUGCGCCGUCGCCCUGCUUUCGAACAGACAGACUUAUUUGAUAUUGAUGAGAACGACUAUGCGCCAUAUCCGCAAGCCUUCGUCCCGGUCGUGGCGAAUCAGUCCUUACCUCUGUCGUUGACACAGCACUUCAACCUUCAGACAGAUUUGUCCGCGAUAUCCGAACCGGUUCAGCUAUACGAACCGUCUUUCUACCCUUCGCAGCCUGAGGAGCCCGAGGAGACGGUUCCCUUCGCAUGCUCUGUCUGUGGUACUUCCGGCGGUUCUCUCGCAGUCUUGGAUCCAUGCACUCAUCCGCUCUGCCCGGCCUGCCUGACUAGUGCCCUGAAUAUCGUGGGCGAAAAGGAUAUGGAAUGUGCGGUGUGCAAGUCUAAGGUGGAUGACUUCCAGCUUCACAAAAGUCCCCCUGCUACCGGAGCUUCGGCGGCUACCGCGGGAAUGAAGCGCGCGAAUGCAUAUAGCCCUUCUGCUGUGUCUCCGCAUGAGACGUCGAUCCUGCAGGGAUUGUAUGAUGCUGGUGGAGCGCAGGGAAAUGGAGGGGUUUGCGACUACGAUGACUUUAUGGACCGUGCACAAGGAUCAUCUACUCCAGUGUCUGGGGCCCGUGGAGAUCGUCGUGGCGCAGAAGACAGUGUGGUACUUCGGAUUGACAACGUACCCUGGGACAUCACGCCCCCGGCCAUUAUUACUUGGUUGAAGCAUCCAGUCCGGCGCGUUCAUGUUCUGCUCGAUCGCAAGGGCAAGACGUUGAGCCAUGCAUACGUUGAGAUGGCCAACCCCGACGCUGCCAAGGCUGCUCUUCGGAGUGCUCAGAACUCGGUCCUCGGCCGCGGCAAGCGUGCCCGUGGUGUCACUGUGACGAAGAGCAGCCAAGAGGAGUUGAUGAAAGCGUUAUUCCCGUCUUGGCAAGGGAACUUCGACGGCUGCCGGCCAUCUUUGUCCGGCUUGGAUAACGAGCGUGUCAUCUCAACGCUCCAACGUGGGUUGAUCUCGGAGGCCGAGCUCAACUCCCUGCAGCACCUCAUUCGCUCCCCCGAUAGCCACUUUUUGAAAGUUCCGUCGCUUCCUUUCCACUCGCUGAUUAGCAUUCUAUCGAAGUUUCCAUCCGACGACGACAGUAGAGUGUUCUGGCCAAGUACGUUGCGCGACAAGUUGUAUGAAAUCACAUACUCUGCUGUGCAGGUUCUUUUCGUUCGCAACGAAGAGAAUCCUUUGUCUGACUGGGCUAGUCUCAUCACCCAAGUGGUACGCGCCUCCAUGGAGUGUCAAGCAUUCACUUCAGAUCAGAUGAGCAACCUCUCGGAUAUACUGGAAGAUGCACUCCCUAAGUCCACCUCUUCGCCACCUGGUGAUCAUUCUCGCUUGGAGUCUCCUAUGGAUCUUCAUAGUGAAGUGCAAGAAGCGUUGAGACCAGCCGAGAACGAGACCCGUGGUAUUCCCAGCCCAGAAAACGGGGCCUAUGGCGAUCUUGCGCAAGAAUUCGGCAUCGAGUCUCACCUGAUUGAAGCCAUAGCUCGACGGCUCUCCGAAAUCCGCUAGCAACGAAUGGGACCGACUCGCUCCUCCGACAUGUGACAUGAUUCCUCCUUCUCCGCACUGCAUGCAUUCACCUCGCCCUCUCCUAUGCACGUUAUACUCGCAUGGCUCGUCAUAAUCACCACCGUCACUCGCUUUCUCAAGUCAUGGAUGACGUUCUCCUCGCCCUUUCCCUCAGAGCUAUGUUGAUCAUACGCCCACGACAUCGUCACGUCUCGCCCUCGCUCUGCCCCGCUCUGCAAACUGUUGUCGACUCUUAUGGUUUUAUGAUCCCGGAUUGGUCUCUUCGCUCGUGUAGCAUCGCGUGUUUUCCGAAGAUGAGCCGGAUAGAAUCGCUGGUAAUCGCCUUGCAAUGAAAAAUCGUUGUAUAUGAUCGU